GGAAUUUGGAGUUUGGACGUCAGCGUGGCGCUUAGAUUGUAGCGUUUGUUGUACUUCAUUUUAAUGGCAUUCCAAUACGAAUAUGCAGUGGUAAGCCAAAUACCCAGAUCGUUUGAAGAAUUUUUGAUGUCUCCUGAUGCUAACGUACCAGGAAAAAAGGGUGGAAAAUUCAACUAUGAGGAAGCUUGCAAUGAGAGAGAAAAAUUCGUUGAAGCAUUGAGACAAAACGGAGUCGAUGUACUUGAAAUGGAAGCGGAUGAACGUCAUCCUGAGUGUGUAAAAGUAGACGACACAGCUGUUAUAAUUAAUGGGACAGCACUGAUGUGUAACCCAUAUCGAUGUCACAGACAAGGAGAAGUCAACCUAAUUCGUCAUACUCUCAAAAAAGAACUGGGAAUUAAAAUAGUUGAGUUGAAUACAGAAAAUGCUCAAGUUGAGGGGAGUGACGUCCUUUUCACAGGUCAGGAAAUUAUUGUGGGCAUUUCCGCCCAUACUAAUGAGGCUGGUGCUCACGCUGUGGCACGUGCAUUCCCAGAAUAUGCAACUUCUAUCGUCAAGUUACCUCAACCUUUUCGUUCCCUUAAAGAUGCCGUUGGUGUGGCUGGGAUUAAUGUACUGGCAGUGGGCGAAAGUGAAGCAGCUAAACAACUAUUAAAGGAAAUUGGUCGUGUUGCUUCACAUACUUAUAAAGUGAUUACAUUACCAGAGGAUCAUGCUGCUAAUGUUUUAUAUAUCAAUCAUCAUCUAUUGCAUUUAUCAUCACAAAUGAUACCAAAAAGUAUUGGAAUAUUUGAGAAUAAAAUCAAUUAUUAUCGUAGUCAAAUACAUAUACCAGAAUUAUUUAAUGCUGGUGUACCUUUAUCAAAACUUGCUUUAUUUGCUGGACCAUUUGGACGUCAAAAAAAUAUCAUCUCAACUAUACCAUAACAAUUUCUUCUUUAAAAAAAAAUUUUUUUUGUUUUGUUUUGUAUCUUGGUCUUAUUUGUGUUUGUUUCUUUGUUGUUUUUUUUUUACAUUUAAACAUUGAUUCAUUCAAAUAUAAACAUAGUUAAUGGUUAAGGAGUGAGGAGGAGGAGUAUAUGGUUAGCUCGUUUUAUUUAUAAACAACAAUAGUUUAUCUUCAAUUUACUCGUUUUUCUAACCUAAUUUUUUUCUUUUUGUUUGUUUGUGGUACCUACUACUAUAUCCAGUGAAAUGUUGUUUUAUCAAUGGAUUGUAUAUAAUCCGUAUAACUUACCUACCUACCUACCUAUAUACAUACUACACUCACAAUAAAAGCCUAUGAAUGAUUAUAUCAUAGACGAUAAUCAUUUUGCAUACUUUUUAUGGAAUAGGCUAUUUUCAAAGUUUAUUAUUCUUGUAUUUAUGUUUCUUUCUUCUUCUUUUUUUUCUCUUUUUUUGAAGAAAAAUUGUUUGAUUUGUUUUAUCCGCUUAACAACUGGCCUUGAAUAAAGUGGUAAAUGUC